UCUCUUGCUUUGGGAGAGGAGAGGAGAGGAGAGUAAAGCAAUGACGAUGCAGCUUCCGUGCGAUAGCGAAGGCGUGUGCAUGGUAUGCAAGGGUAAGCCAGGGGAGGAAGAGACGCUUGUAUGCAUCACAUGCCACACCCCAUGGCACGCCCGCUGUCUCUCCGCCCCUCCAUCCACCCUCGCCGCCACCAAUCACUGGCUCUGCCCCGAUUGUUCUGACCCUCACCUGGAUUUCCCCCCAGCACACGCCCCCGCCCCCAGCCACCUCGUCGCUGCAAUGCUAGCCGUCGAGAACGAUCCUUCUCUCACCCAACGCCAGAAAGCCAGAAAACGCCAACACCUCAUCACCGGAAAGGUCCACCCAGACGACGACGACGACGACGACAAAGAGAAACAGAAUAAGUCGUCAGUAUCCGAUGUUCUUGCUCGAUCUCUCAACUGCUCCAUCUGCAUCCACCUACCGGAGAGGCCCGUCACGACUCCGUGUGGACACAGUUUCUGUCUGAAGUGCUUUGAGAAAUGGAUUGGGCAGGGAAAGAGAAGUUGCGCAAAGUGCCGCCAGAUUAUCCCCCCCAAAAUGGCAAGCCAGCCCCGUAUCAAUUCAGCACUGGUUUUCGCCAUUCGCAUGGCCAGAGCAGGAGCAGCAGGAGGAGCAGCAGGACUGGCUUCAAACACCGUUAAGCAUUUCCUCCACAACCAGGACAGACCUGACCAGCCAUAUACUACGGAGCGCGCCCAGAGGAACGGUCGUGCAAAUGCCGCCAGCGGUAAGAUAUUCGUGACGGUGCCCACCGAUCAUUUUGGUCCAAUCACGGCGGAGAAUGACCCUUUGCGGAAUCAGGGUGUCCUGGUCGGUGAAUGUUGGAAUGAUAGGUUGGAGUGCAGGCAAUGGGGUGCUCACUUCGUCCCUAUCGGUGGUAUUGCCGGCCAGUCCCAUCGCGGUGCCCAAUCUGUUGUUCUCUCCGGUGGUUAUGUCGACGACCAGGAUCACGGCGAAUGGUUUCUCUACACCGGAAGCGGUGGUAAGGAUCUCAGUGGCAACAAGCGCACCAACAAAAAUCACUCUUUUGACCAGCAGUUUGACAAGUACAACCGUGCUCUCCAAGUUAGUUGUCUCAAGGGUUAUCCGGUUCGAGUUGUCAGAUCUCACAAAGAAAAACGAUCCUCCUAUGCCCCUGAGAGAGGAGUGCGCUACGAUGGAAUUUAUAGAAUUGAAAAGUGUUGGCAGAUAGCGGGACUGCAGGGUUUCAAAAUUUGCCGCUACCUAUUCGUUAGGUGUGACAAUGAACCUGCCCCUUGGACAAGUGAUGAUCAUGGGGAUAGGCCCAGACCCUUGCCACUCAUUCGGGAACUCAAAAAGGCUACAGUCAUAUUUGAAAGGACCGAAACUCCAUCUUGGGAUUUCGAUGAGGAAGAUUCUCGUUGGAAGUGGAAGAAAUCACCACCUCCCAGCAGACAAAAGGUACAAAACGAGGAACCCAUUGUGGCAGCAGCGUCAAAGUCAAACAGAGAAAAAAUGGAAUUCCAAAUAAAGUCAAUCAAGGAACAAUUGCAGAGAGGGUUCUCGUGCAUGAUAUGCAGGGAGGUUAUGGUUUCACCAGUGACAACACCGUGUGCUCAUAACUUUUGCAAGUCGUGUUUGGAAGGUGCUUUUGCUGGUCAGGCUUUUGUGAAGGAGAGAAGCAGGGGUGGGAGAACGCUUCGGUCCCAGAAAAAUGUGAUGAAAUGUCCUGCUUGCACCAUUGACAUCUCUGAUUAUCUUCAGAACCUUCAGGUUGAUAUAGAUUUGAAGGGUGCGAUUGAAUCACUGAAAGCGGAGGCUGAAGAAAUUGGAGAAUCGCUGGAGUCGAGUGAGGAUGCAGAUAGAUCACAGGACGAUGGAGGUGACAAGGAUGAAGGUCCUGACCCAGUGAACAAAAAUUCUGUAGAGGUGUUGAACGGUUCACCAGUAGGACCUGAUGUUAGUGAGGUUAAAGAUACCAAAAAGGAGGCAAAUCCAGCGGUGAAGCGCAAUGCAAAGAGAAUGAAAAGUAAUUAUGGAAAACAAUCGCCUGAAAUGGGUGAUGGUAAAAUUGCCGAAGGAAGUAAAAAAUACAGAAAGACUAAGGCUUAGGAUGUGGAUAAAGAAAUUGAUUCUCCAUCAAGUCCUCUCAAUCUUCCAUAAAAUCACGACUCUGGAAUUUUAACAACUGCAUCAUCAGCCUGAAAUGUGUCUUUUUGUUAUGCUGAUGGUUCAGAAUUAGUCUUGGAAGUGCUACUAGGACAGUCACUAUUUUUCCUAGUUUAUUGUUUAUCAUUUUGUCUGUUCAUGAUUUUAUGGGGAGUGGAACUUCUACCAAAAACAUUUUUAUGGAAAGAAAAAAAUCGUAGACCUGUUAGCAUCAU